AAAGUCCACAUAGCAACACCGAAGCGCAAGCUGUCAACAUCCGCGAACAAACGCCAAAUCUUGCUCCAACCAACGAGGCGAUAUGGACGCACUCCGCAGCGCUCUCCAGCCGAUCACACACAAUCUGCCCACCCCCAUCUAUCAACUGGGCAAUAAUCUUCUUGGUCCCGUGUGCUACAAACAUCUUGUGCUGGACAUCGACCCAAUAAAUUACCCGGACUGCCUCAAAUUGGCCAUCUCCAAAGGCCUGGGAAUUGGGAUCAUCGGCGCCUCUGCGGUUGUAAAAGUCCCACAGCUGCUUAAGUUGAUCAACUCGCAAUCCGCUGCCGGCGUUUCCUUCCUGUCGUACCUGCUCGAGACGUCCUCCUUUCUCAUCACAUUUGCGUACAACGUACGCCAGGGAAACCCUUUCAGCACCUUUGGCGAGAGCGCGCUCAUUGCGUUGCAGAAUGUGGUGAUAUCUACACUCGUUCUUCAUUACAGUGGCAAGGAUUCAGCGGCCGCGGUGUUUGUGGCCGGCCUUGCGGGCGCGCUGUUUGCCAUGUUUAAGCCGGAGAUUGUGGACAACAAGCUUUUGAGCACUUUGCAGGCUGGUGCGGGCGUGUUGGGCGUGGGCAGUAAGAUCCCCCAAAUCCUGGCUAUUUACCAUGAGGGUGGCACUGGACAGUUGAGUGCCUUCGCAGUCUUCAACUACCUCGCGGGCUCUCUCUCGCGCAUCUUCACCACACUUCAGGAGGUUGAUGAUCCGCUUAUACUGUACGGCUUCAUCGCAGGCUUCACGCUUAAUCUUGUGUUAGCGGCUCAAAUGCUCUACUAUUGGAACGCGCCACCGAGCAAGACGGAUGCGCCUCAGGAUAAAGUAAUCGGUAAAAAGGGCGUGCCAGUCGCUACAACGACUGGCGCUCAGCAUAAGGGCCCGACCACGCGAAGGCGUGGUUAGAACCCUCAAUAGACAAAUUUGUUUAGUAGUCGUAAUUCAAUUCUCUGUCGUACCUUCAAUUUGAUUUCGUGGGUAUCUUCCAUGAUCUGGAUUCGAAGCAGUUCGAGCUAUGAGACGUUUCCUUCGUUG